UGAAAGUCGCUGUAUAUUGUCAUUUCAUUUUUAACCCUGCAACCAUGGACCUUCUGCAAUAGAAUAAUUGGUGGUAAAGUUGCAUCUUUGGGUGAGUAUCCGAUGACAGUGGAAAUAUUUCGGACUUUCAGUCGUCGGCAUCAUUGCGGUGGAGUCCUUAUUUCUCCGAAAUAUGUUAUAACCGCUGCCCAUUGUCUUCGGUGUGCCAGACGCGGAACUUGUGGUCUUAUAUUCAAAAUCCUUCUUGGGGAUGUUUUACGUAUGGAAGACUUUUUGGCACCCUCCUCUCGCCAGGAGAUAUCAAUACGAUACGCCUCGCAACAUGAAUGUUACAACGACAACACGUUGGAAAACGAUAUUGCCAUGGUCAAGCUUAGAACGGACGCAAAACUAUCUAGGAAUGUAUUACCAGCGCAGCUAGUGAUGGACGAGUUCAAAGUAGGGACAAGAUGCACCACGGUUGGUUGGGGCGCUGAUCAAAGAGCGACUGAUACACUUCUAGCUACCGGUGUGUCUAUCUUAAACAAUAGCAAAUGUAGGAUGCUCUACGGAUUUAGCCCAGGCAGGAUGCUUUGCGCUGGCGAUUUAACUGGACGAAAUGAUUCUUGUACUGGCGAUUCUGGAGGACCACUUAUUUGUCAGAAAGUGACAGUUGGUUUAGUCUCGUUUGGAAAAAAAUGUGCAACACCCAAUAUGGGAGCGGCAUACACAAAUCUAUUUUAUUUCCUUGACUGGAUUGAAGAGGAGAUGAAAGCCAUGGACACUCUGAGUGGUAUAAUGAAGGCCUCGCCUUUGGACCUGCCAAUUCUAACAAUGUUCAUGAACCUCUGUCCUUUUCUAUUAUAAGGAAUCAAAUUCUGAGGACCCUUUUAAGCUCAUGAUUUUCGAAAGAAAGAAAGUUAAAAGAAAAUUUCAUUUUUUAUCUUAGCAGAAGUAAAUAAAUAUUUUUGUGUCAAAAUUUCAACCUUGAAUUUCUUUCAAGGACGAAACGCUGAAAAGCUUUUAAUGGGGAUCUAGUGUGCCAGAGAGUGGCUCACAAAUAAGAUGUCAAGUUUAUUUAUUGAUAUCUUUUACAUUAAUGAAAAUAACAUAUGAAUUGUUAAUUUAAAAAUAUCUUAAAUAUUUAUAAGAAUUAAACUUAGAAUUUCACAAAUACAUAUAUGUGAAAAAUUACAAAAUUGGAAAACAUGAAAUUUUAGAAAAACCAUAGCAUGACCGAAUCGUUCCGGUGUCCUGGCAAAAUCAUUUGCGAUGAAAGAAAAACCAAAUUGUUCAACUGAAUUUUGGCUUUUGCACAAUUCCUAUCCUCAGGGAGCAAAUGUGUUUAAAGUUGGAAUAGCUAUCGUGUUUCUCAUUUGUACCGCCCA